GUAUGCAACAACUGGUGCUUCUUUUUCCUCAUUUCCCGCGAUUACUUGCUGCGUCGUCCUUGUCUGCGAUGCCGUGAUUCCGACGAGGGGAAGCGCCACUUGGCCUCCCGCUGUGAAGGCUGCGGGCAACCGCUCCACGCGGCGGCAGACUCGCGAUGGUCCUAGUGAAUAGGCCCAACGGGAGACUAAAUUGACUCCGUAUAGGUUUGUGUUUUGUCCGCUUGAUCAUGCCCAAAUCGGUUCGCCUUCAAUUGGCUUUUGCCGACGGACCAAACUGAUCAGACUUCCCAAGUGUCAAACCCUAACCCUUCUCGCUCUCUUCCGCCUGAUAUAAGCGGUGACGCAACCGACGAGAUCGAGGCGAUCCUGGAUAUCGUCGGCGAGCUUGGCCUGGUGCUCAACUCGAACCUAAGGAAAACAUUUUCUUUUCUGAUCCCUUGCGCAGUGCAGCGACGCCCUGAGUUGUUGCAUAUGCAGCAGGCACAAAUAAUCAUCGACACAUGGAUGCAUGAAUCUUGAUGAUAUUGAUAUGGACCUCAGACCUUUCAAGUUGGAUAUUGAUGAGCUUGUGGAUGAGUUCAAUGAGGGUAACCAUACCACAUUGGCAGACAUGAAGAAGAUGUGGAUGGCUAAGAAAUUCUCUUAUAUUUAUGAGGCUAAACCUAUCUCUAACGAGGCCAUAUUUAUGCAGUCUCUUUAUUCAUAUUCUAUUAGCCAUAUGGUUUCUACAGGUUCACUGUCAACGAGAUUGGGUGGCUUCUAUUGCCUUUACUGCCUCUAUGAGACUCAACCAUAUAAACCUGCUUUCAAAAUUUAUUUAUCUCUUUGUGAGUUAAAGAGGCUGAAGAUUCUUGUUAUUGAUGCAAAAAAGAUUGGUAUUGCUAUUGUUCCUGCUCUUGUCAAAAAAAUGCUAGAUAAGAACAUGUUUCUAUUUGGCUUUGUUGAUAGAGUUGAUGGAUAUGAGAGCCAAAGGGUUGACGAGAUAAUGAAGCUAGAAAACAAGCGAAUUCAAAUAGCAUAUGAAAAAUUAUUGGGCAAUACUCUGAUAGAGGACUAUCUGCAUAUGGACCUUGGAAUGGAAUUGGAACUAAGCACACUAAAGAAAAUGUCAAAAGAAUAUGCUGAAGCAAAGGAAUUGGCUAUAUCAGAAGCUAUGGGUCCAGUGGAUAUGGAGGAUGUAAAACACAUUACAGAAGACAAGAAGCUGGUGGGAGACAUGGUAGAUGAUAUCGUGAAAGACUGGGAUGCUCAAAAGGAGACAUUUUGUAAGCAGACUGGCAUUAGUAGCCGCAACGAUGCAGUGGCAGUUGAUGACUUUGACGAGUUGGAACACCUCUUGAACGAGUAAUGUACAGAAACAUGCUUUUACCACCCAAAUAUUGGGGUUUCCAUGCUUUGCAAGUAACAUUUGUUCCAUGCUGCUGAUACUUUACUGUGCAAUGAAUGUCAUUUAUGGUGGAUAGACAAAUAGUUUUUUUGUGUCGGUUGUUUCUCUAAACUAUCCUUUUAUCCCAAGAUUGUUGUUUUUCAA